AUGUCGGCCGAGACCAAGGAGUGUGAUUACCUAGUAAUCGGUAUUGGUAGUGGGGGUAUCGCCUCCGGCCGACGAGCCGCCAAACACGGCGCAAAGGUCAUUGCUGUCGAGUCGAAACGAUAUGGUGGUACUUGUGUUAAUGUAGGCUGUGUACCGAAGAAAGUGACUUGGAAUGCGGCGGCAAUUGCAGAGACUUUCAAGGACGCAUCCGCAUACGGCUUCAACGUUGGCGGGGUACCGGAAUUCGACUGGUCAUACUUCAAAAAGAAGCGGGAUGACUAUGUUACUCGCCUGAAUGGUAUCUACGAGAACAAUCUAAACAAGGACGAGAUUGAGCACCUGAGGGGGCGUGCAAAAUUUGUCGCAAAGGAUGAGGUUGAAGUUGCACUGAAUGAAGGAGGCACUCAGCGCAUCAAGGCGAAACACAUACUCAUCGCAACUGGCGGACGCCCAAUGAUCCCUGAUAUUCCUGGAAAGGAACUCUGCAUCGACAGCGACGGGUUCUUCGAGCUUGAGAAGCAGCCAAAGAGUAUCGCAACAAGCGGCGCAGGAUACAUCGGUGUCGAGAUGACGGGCAUGCUACACGCUCUCGGCACCAAAACACACUUUUUCAUUCGCGGCCAGAAGCUCCUCCGAAGCUUCGAUCCCAUGAUUCAGGACACCGUGACCCAAGAGUACGAGCGUCAAGGCAUCAACCUAUACAAGGGUACACAGAUUACGAAAGUAGAGGAUAUUGGAAAUGGAAUGAAGCGUGUCACCUACCAGGAAACAGAGAGCAAAAAGGAAUCCACUGUCGAGGUUGAGACUGUCCUUUUCGCGACAGGACGUGUGCCUGAAAUCGAAGACCUCAAAAUCAAGGAUUUUGGCAUCAAGGUCAACGACAAGAACCACAUCGUUACUGAUGAAUACCAGAACACGUCCAUUCCCAACGUCUAUGCCAUCGGUGACGUCUGCGACCGCGGUUUCGAACUUACACCCGUCGCCAUCGCCGCUGGCCGCCGCCUGUCUGACCGCCUCUUCAACAACCAGCCCGACGCCCGCCUUGUAUACGAGAACAUUCCCUCUGUCGUCUUUGCUCACCCAGAAAUCGGCUCGAUUGGAAUGACUGAGCCCGCGGCCCGCGAAAAGUAUGGCGAUAAGAUCAAGAUUUACAAGACGGAAUUCAAGGCAAUGUACUUUGCCAUGAUGGAUCAAGAGCACAAGCAGCCCACGGCAUACAAGAUCAUUUGUGCAGGCCCAGAGGAGAAAGUAGUUGGUCUACACAUCCUUGGCCAGGGAAGCAGUGAGAUCCUGCAAGGAUUCGGCGUAGCGAUCAAGAUGGGUGCUACCAAGAAGGAUUUCGACAGCUGUGUGGCAAUCCAUCCGGUCUCCGCCGAGGAGCUCGUCACCAUGACCUAG